AUUUUAUUAUUUAACAUUUUUUUUUUAAGAUGACAAAUGGAAUGCAGAGUGUUCUCCCUUCUCCCCCAAAAUCACCAAUUUUAUGUGACCGCUACGCACGGGGGAAUACCUGCACGGUUGCACCUUGGAGCUGCUCUACCGCCCUGGGAAGAAGAAGAAGAAGAAGAAGAAAGAAGAAGAUGGAGUCGAUAACAGCAAGUGGGUUGCUGUACAAAAACCCAUCAUCGUCCCUUCCGAAAACCCUAACCAAUUCGUUACGCUGCAUACCUCUCGUUUCUCUCAGACAAACCAUACCAUUUUCAAAUUCUCGGAGAAGGCCGUUCCUCGGAUCGGUCAUCAGAGCCUCCGGCGCGGGCGCACCAGCCGGAGGGUCCCCGGGACUUUACUCCGCCCAGAAAUUUGACCUCACGCCCCGUAACGUGGACUUGGUUCUCGACGACGUUCGUCCUUACUUGAUCUCCGAUGGUGGGAACGUCGAUGUUGUUUCUGUUGAAGACGGUGUCAUAUCUCUUAAACUCCAAGGAGCAUGUGGGAGCUGUCCUAGCUCAACAACCACCAUGAAGAUGGGAAUUGAACGGGUGAUAAAGGAAAAAUUUGGAGAUGCGGUCAAGGAUAUUCGCCAAGUAUAUGAUGACCAUAUAAGUGAGACAACUGUUGAGGCAGUGAAUGGCCAUCUCGACAUACUGAGACCUGCCAUUAAGAACUAUGGCGGAAGCGUGGAAGUAGUAUCCAUUGAGGGCGGGGAUUGCCUUGUAAAUUACAUGGGGCCCCAGACAAUUGGAUCAGGAAUUAAAGCUGCCAUUAAGGAGAAGUUCCCAGACAUUGUGAAUGUUGUGUUCACUGGCUAGCUAUUUUGGUUCUUGAUGGUCGAUAUUAGAAACCCAGAGAGGCUGACAUGAUGAUAGUUUGCUUGUAUUGAUUAUUUAAACAUGCAGAAAGUGUAUAUACAAGCAUAAAGCAGUUGCGUAAGUUUGCACAUUCUUUGGCGUUGUAACCCUAAAUUCAUGCUUUGUUGUUUGUAGUGCCCAAGAGUACUGUAUGAACCAUUACAGAUCAGGAGAAUUUGAUUUGUUUAGUUCAA